AAAACAAAACAGAAACGCGUGUUCUGUAACUGCACACUGCGUUAUAGUAUUAGUGUUUGACAAUUACGCCCGAUCCUUCAAAGACAUCAAAUUGUUAAACUUUCCGUACCCACGCUUAGUGUUCUGAGUGCAUAAGUGCGUUCACACUGAGAAGUGCGAAAAUAUUCAGUGCACUUCCGUAUCUCCAUGUUUCACCCCAAAUUGUGAAUGCGCAGUGAUUCGAUUCGUAUACUUCCAUUCCAUACAAUUUAGUGUGUACGAUAUAAACCAUUAUACACUGCGUACAUACAGUAUUUCUCGAGGACGCCAAUUUUGACAGUGAAGUGACCAAAUCGUAAAUUUAAUUGUUGUUACUCACUUACCGGAAAUGACGAUGCCAAUGUUUAUCUGCUUCCUCAUAUUGUCCUUUUAAACGAUGAAUUGCAAACAAUCGAGGCACUCCCUUCGCCUUCACUUAUAUAACCAGGAUGGUGGUGAUUGUGGAAGAUUAGGGUCUGUAUACUCACCAUUUCGCGUGUGUUGAGUGUACAUCUGGGUACAGCAUUUUGUUGGAAUACACUCAUGCACACAAAUACGCAUUGAACCCUCAUGAUUGUGCGCCAGCUCACCACAAGAACCCAGAUAAAGUCACAACUGGAUGCUUCACUGAGGAAAGGCUGGAACAGUCACACAAUGGCCAGGCCCAGUUCAGACCUGGCAGCAUUCAGGGAGAUCUUCUUAAAGGCCUCCAAGAUAGCCAUCAUCACUGGUGCAGGAGUGAGUGCAGAGAGUGGAGUCCCCACCUUCAGAGGGGCAGGGGGCUACUGGAGAAAAUGGCAAGCUCAGGAUCUUGCCACUCCUGAGGCCUUCUCCAGAAACCCCUCACGUGUGUGGGAGUUUUACCACUACCGUCGUGAAGUCAUGCUCACGAAAAAACCUAAUCCUGCCCACCUGGCUAUUGCAGAAUGUGAGGAGCGACUGGGCAGACAGGGUCGGGAAGUCACUCUCAUCACUCAGAACAUUGAUGAACUUCAUCGCCGGGCCGGAUCUAAAAAUAUCCUUGAAAUACACGGAAGUCUUUUUAAAACCCGAUGCAUAAGUUGUGGCCACGAAGCAGCCAAUUACAACAGCCCCAUUUGUUCUGCUCUGGAGGGCAAAGGAGCUCCAGACCCAGACACACAUGAAGUUCAGAUCCCUGUCAAGGACCUACCAAGGUGUGAUCAAGCAGGAUGUUCUGGUCUUCUGAGGCCAGCUGUAGUAUGGUUUGGCGAGGCUCUUGAUUCGGACAUCCUCAGUCGAGCAGAGAAAGUUCUGGAUGGCUGUGACCUUUGCUUAGUGGUUGGCACGUCAUCUGUGGUGUACCCUGCAGCAAUGUUUGCUCCUCAGGUGGCUGCAAGAGGUGUACCAGUGGCAGAGUUUAACAUGGAAGACACCCCAGCCACAAUGCGUUUCAGGUUUCACUUCCAGGGCCCCUGUGGGACUACCUUGCCCCCUGCACUAAGCCCCCAAAAACAACUGUGAAAACCAGAGCCGCUAAACACAGAAAAGACAAAUGCUUAUUGAACAUAUUUAUUGAACAAGAGCCCAAUAUGAGUAAUGAAGUUGGACAUAGAGUUGAAAACAAAUCAGGAACAGGAACUUUUGUAAUGCAAAUUCAUUAAAUGUGUGUACAUUU